AUGGCACCUUUCGGUCAAACGAUCGCUGUGAUUGACAAGUCCGGCAAAGUUGUUAGCACGAGUAAGCAACUAUUCGGUGUUUUCAGCCAUGCCAAAAACGCCUAUCGCGAGCGCAAAUCUGCCUUCAAAUCAGAACGCAAUGCAAAAAUUGCGGAGCAACAAGCACUCCAAGGACUCGCCAAUUAUCAGAUUGAUGAUGCUCCCUCGGUAGCCUCUCGAAGAAGCCGUGGGACACGGUCAAGGCAUCAUAGUGGCCGCAGUCAUCGUGCUUCGUCCCACUACGAUGACGAACGAACAGUUGUAUCGCAUCGGGACUCUCACUACGAGCCCCGGCAAACGAUCGCCCGCCGUCAUACCCAUCACGAUUUAGCUGUCCGAGACGCUCCUCGCCCAUCAACCGCUCGAUCAAGAUCUGACGCGCAUAUCGACAUGGAUCUUGCAUAUGGGGACGCCUCUCAUGCAGCCUUAUCUCGAUAUAGCCCCCCCGAGCCCAAGAGUGAUCAACAACAACUUGAUGGUCUUGUCACCCGGGCACAGUGGCUUCUCGAAGAAGCGCACUGUGUGCAACAUGGUGCUACUGCGACCAUCGCCCAUCUCCAGAAGAACCCAGAUGCCAUGGCCGCCGUCGCCUUGACUCUAGCGGAGAUCAGCAACCUAGGGAGCAAGAUGGCACCCGCAGCAUUAACCGCGCUCAAGUCAGCCUCGCCAGCCGUCUUCGCUCUUCUUUCCAGUCCUCAAUUCCUCAUCGCCGCCGGAGUCGGUUUAGGCGUGACGGUGGUCAUGUUUGGAGGAUACAAAAUCAUCCAAAGAAUCAAAGCCGGCGCUGUCGGGGAAGAAGGAAAACCUGCCGAAAUGGAAAUGGAAAUGGAAGAAAUGAUGGAGUUCAACACAGAAGAUCUUAGUUCUGUUGAGAUGUGGAGACGCGGGGUUGCUGAUGAGCAAGCCCACAGCGUUGGAACAUCUGUUGAUGGCGAAUUCAUCACACCAACCGCAGCGGCUAUGUCGGGCAUCGAUGUGACCACUGCUCGCGCGCGACGCGACCCUCGUUUCAAAUUCGAAGAAGAAGCCUCGGUCGCUUCGUCCCGACGCUCCCGCCGGUCACGCACCACUCGAGCUUCGACACAUGCACCAUCGGAGCGGCAUGAACGGAGAUCAAAAGCUCCCUCAGAGGCACCGAGUGGAUUCUUCGGACGAAGCUCCUCACGGUCCAAGGCGCCAUCCAAGGCCCCCAGCAGAACACCUAGCAGAGCAACAAGCAAAGCUCCUAGUCGAGCUCCCAGUUAUGCCCCCAGUCGCACCCCAUCUAAACAUGGAACCUAUGUCUCUGAAACCGAAAAACGGCCCAAGGAGAAAAAGAAAGGUCCCAGCCGGCUACGACUUAUGUUCACCUCUUCCUCCUGA